ACGUCGUUUUGAAAUGCGGGUUCCCUGUUGAUGAUUCGGGGCUUAGGGUUUAUCAGUCACGAAGACCACAGCAUCUACAACUUUCCCUCGCUUAAAGAACCGCCAAUGGAGCCCUCAACCAAUCUCGACUCUCCCUCACUCGAUCCUGUCACCGAAGCCCCUCGAUCGCCACCACCUCAACAAGGACCCGACCCCAAGAAGCCCAAAAUGUCAUCCACCACCACCACCACCUCCGACGACGAGGCCGCCGCCGCCGCCACCAGGAAGCCCAGAUACAAGCGCCGCAAGGUCGCCAUCUUCUUCGCGUACUGCGGCGUCGGCUACCAGGGCAUGCAGAAGAACCCAGGAGCCAAAACCAUCGAAGGCGACCUCGAAGAAGCCCUCUUCCUCUCCGGCGCCGUCCCCGAGGCCGACCGCGGCAACCCCAAGCGCUACGACUGGGCCCGCUCUGCCCGCACCGACAAGGGCGUGAGCGCCGUGGGCCAGGUCGUCUCGGGGCGGUUCUACAUCGACCCGCCCGGUCUCGUCGAGCGGCUCAACUCCAACCUCGCCCCGCAGAUUCGGAUAUUCGGGUACAAGAGGGCGACGGCGUCGUUCAAUUCCAAGAAGUUCUGCGACCGGCGCAGGUACGUGUAUUUGGUCCCGGUGUUUGCGCUUGAUCCGAGCUCGCACCGCGACAGGGAGAGCGUGGUGGCUAGUUUGGGGUCUGGGAAUGAGCUCGUUAAGUGCUUGGAAUGUUCAGAGAGAGGGCGGAAGGUUGUUGGGGUCAUGGGCAAGCGCAAUUUCGAGUUAAGGGGAUGUGUCAGUGAGGUGAAUGGGUGUGGGGAGGUCACUGUUGACUCCAAUGAUGCCAAAGUUGGGUCGGGCAUUACCUCGAACGACUGCUGUGCAGUCACGGGAAUUGAAGUUAAAGAGGGUAUUGUUGAUUCAUUGAGCAAUGGCAUUGACGAUAAAUCCAAUUCCGAUGUAAUUGACAAGGUAGACACUUCCAGUGUGGUGGACACUGUAGUUUCUGCGGCUGCUGCGCCUGCUGAUUUAGAUACUGGUUCAGUGGUUAAAUUAGAUGGCGAAAUUGCAGAGACUAUAGUAAAUGGGGAGGAGAAACCAGUGAAAGGAAGCGGAUUUUGUUCUGGGGAGGAGGAGAAGGAGAGGUUCAAUAGGAUUUUGGGCUAUUAUGUGGGAAGUCACAAUUUCCACAACUUCACCACCAGAACAAAAGCCGAGGAUCCCUCGGCACGACGGUACAUUCUUUCUUUCACCGCAAAUGAUGUGGUCAUUGUUGAAGGUAUUGAAUUUGUCAAGUGUGAGGUCGUGGGUCAGAGUUUCAUGCUUCAUCAGAUACGGAAAAUGAUGGGACUUGUGGUGGCAAUCAUGAGGAAUUGUGCUCCGGAGACUCUGAUUACGAAUGCUUUGCAGAAGGACAUUAACAUCAACGUGCCAACGGCUCCUGAAGUUGGCCUAUACCUGGACGAGUGCUUCUUCACAUCAUAUAAUAACAAAUGGAAGGACAGCCAUGAAGAGCUAUCCAUGAAAGCCUAUGAGAAAGAGGCAGAAGACUUUAAAAUGAAAUACAUAUACUCUCAUAUAGCCAUGACUGAGCACAAGGAAGGAGUUGUGGCUCUCUGGUUGCAUUCUUUGAAUUAUCGUAACUAUCCUGAUUUACGUGCUGGUGAUAAGCAAGAAUUGACAGAAAAUAAGUGCAGUGAAUAAGGGACAUGGAUGUGGUGAAAUUCGUUUGUUCAACAUGUCAGGAUGCUUCCUCGUCGAGAUGUUUUUGCCAUUCAGUUUUGCCAUCCACAUUCAGGUGACUUUGGUAUUUGAUCCUGCCACUUAUCCUGUGUGAUGCUCAUUACUUAGGAUAACCUAAAAAUCAGAUUAAGCUUGUGCAAUUUUGCAAAAUUCUACCUUUCCCAUGUAUGGUUAGGCUCUUGUUUGGCUCCCAAAACGGCAUGAGAAGCAGGCAAGUGAGCUGCCAUCACUUUUUUCUGUGCCUUUUUUCUAAGCCAGACAUGUCUUGUAAUCGUGUCUAUCUUGUGAUUAAGACAUUCAUGAAUGGCUGGAGCUCUUUGUGCAUUGAUUGCAUUGCAUCUAGGUUUGUAAUUUGUCAUUGAGGGUUUUGGGGAGGGACUGAAGACUGACCUUGACAAGGAUGUUUUAGGUGAUGCCAAUCAUAUUGUAACCAGAAAGCAUUCAUAUGGUGACCGAACCCAACUCACUGACAUCAUGCUCAUGUUAGUGUUGCUCUCUGUUAUCACAACUAUAACUGUCGC